ACUGGGGAGAGGCCCUACGAGUGUGGGGAAUGUGGGAAGAGCUUCAGAGAGAGCUCCCACCUCAUCUACCACCAGCGGAUCCACACUGGGGAGAGGCCCUACGAGUGUGGAGAAUGUGGGAAGACCUUCAGUGUGAGCUCCAACCUCGUUUCCCACCAGCGGAUCCACACUGGGGAGAGGCCCUAUGAGUGUUCUGAAUGUGGGAAGAGGUUUCAGAGCAGCUCCAGUCUCCUCCUGCACCAGCGCAUUCACACAGAUGAGAGGCCCUUCCGCUGCCCCGAUUGUGGGAAGGGCUUCAAGCAAAACUCCUACCUUGUCAACCACCAGCGCAUCCACACUGGGGAGAGGCCCUACGAGUGUUCCCAGUGUGGGAAGAGUUUCACCCAACGCUCUACCUUGACCCAACACCAACGGAGGCACCGGUAAGGGAAGCCCUGUGAGUGCCCUGAGUGCAGGAAGAGUUUUGUCUGUUGCUCCAACUCCAUCCCCCAUCAGGGAGCCACGCUGGUCAGAGACCUGGUGACCCACAUUCUGUGCCUUCCAUGUUGAAAAGACACUUGGGUGGCUGUUCCCACAUUCUCCUGGAUCCUAAUACACACCAGGGAAGAUGAUGUUUGGGAGGAUUUGGGGGUUCUGAGAGGAUAUGSAAGAGUUUUCUCCAUCAUUUUGCACUCCAGAAGACAAAAGGCCUCAAAACCACUGAAUCCCACUGCAAAAGGUUCAGUCCCAGCUCAAAACGACUCAGUCACAUUCCAAAAUUACUUGACCCUACAGCCCCCUCAAAAUCGGUCAGAGGGGUUGAAUGGGUAUU